AUCAAAUUAUAUUAUUUGAGAAGAUGGAUCAGUAUAUUCUUCAUCGAAGUUGGAUGUACGAUAGAAAAAGACCGGGGAAAAGGACACUUAAAGCUCAAUUUAAGGAAGGAAUUCGUGAAUUUGUUGCUUUCACCAUGUCGCAAGAUAUUUUUAGAAGUGAGGGAGGGAUUAGAUGUCCAUGUCUUAAAUGUACGUGUAGGUUGAUUCAGAGCCCAAAAGAUGUCAUAAAACAUUUAGAGGAUGUUGGUUUUAUGGAGGAUUAUUAUGUGUGGAGACAUCAUGGUGAACAAGAGCCGAAUGAGUUUGAUGUUAAUAUGCAGGCUUCAAGUAGUGGAGCACAUACACAGUGUGAAAACUUUGGCCUCAUGGAAGAUAUGGUUGGUGACGCUCUCGGGGUGAAUUUGUCUUACAAUGAGGGCAUUGAAGAGGAAAUAAUCCCGAAUGAGAAGGCGUUGAAGUUUUACUCAAUGAUGAAAAAAGUAAAUGAACCGUUGUUUGAAGGGUCAUCUCAGUCGAAGUUAUCCAUGUGUGUGAGGCUUUUAGCUGGAAAGUCAAAUUGGAAUGUACCAGAAGAAUGUGCGGAGUACUACACGAAAAUGAUGAGGGAUUCGACUCCUGUACCAGAAAAUUUACCAUUAAGUUAUUAUGAAGCUAAGCAAUUGGUGAUGAAGUUGGGAUUGGAAGAAAAAAAGAUUGAUUGUUGUGUUAACGGGUGCAUGUUGUUUUACGACAAUGAAUUUGGUAAGAAUGAUGGUGCGUUGGAGGAGUGUAAAUUUUGCAAUUCACCAAGGUAUGGAGUGAGUGGCGAUGAUGUUGAUCAUAAGAAGAAACGAGUCGCAGUCAAGUCAAUGUUUUACCUGCCAAUAAUACCAAGACUGAAGAGAUUGUUUGCAUCAAUGCACACGGCUGGUCAUAUGACGUGGCAUUAUUACAAUAAAACUGAUUCAGAGGUGAUGCGACAUCCUUGUGACAGAGUGGCGUGGCAGCACUUUGAUAAGGUACAUCCUGAUUUUGCAAACGAUCCACGUAAUGUGAGACUUGGAUUAUGCUCUGAUGGAUUUACUGCGUAUAACACAGCCUCGGCUAGGCCUUAUUCUUGUUGGCCAAUAAUUGUUACCCCAUAUAAUCUUCCUCCUGAGAUGUGCAUGACAAAACCUUACAUGUUCUUGAGUUGUAUUGUACCAGGACCACUCUAUACACACUCACCAAGACAUACUACCACUCCAAUCUCUGCAAGGUCUCCUGCUUCAUCUCCUAGUAUACAUGGAGUUACCAUGUCAGGUGUUAAUCCUCCACUCUACACACAGUCACUAAGACAUACUACCACCCCCAUCUCUGCUAGGCCUCCUACUCCAUCUCCUAGUAUAAAUGGAGUUUCAUUCCCUAGAGGCACUGUGUCUAGUGUUACUCCUCCACUACAUACACACUCACCAGGAUAUAAUAAUACUCAUUUCUCUGCAAGACCUCCUACUUUAUCAUCAGAUCUUUUACCAGAUGUCCGUUUUUUAGAAUUGCUUGGUAUUAAUGGAGGAUUUAUGCCAGUACCCGAGGUGCAACAAGAACAAGAACACGAGCAAGAGCAAGAGCAACAACAAGAGCAACAACAACACUGUGAGCAAGAACAUCAAAGCCAACAAGAAAGGGAAGCAGCACAACAAAGACGAGUGAGACGUCGCUACUAUGAAGUGGUACCAAAGUACAAAUCUCAUUAUAUACUUGAAAUUAAGGGUGACUCGUUGGAGCCAUCAAAAAUCUCUUCAAAAUACAUAAGGGAGGCAAUCCAAGCAGUGUAUAAAAAGCCGUGGCCCGUGUAUAAGGAUCUUAAGAAAGAAAUUGGGGAUAAAGUUUUUAAAGAGUUUAAGAGACACUGUGUGUGGGAUCCUCAAUAUGAAUCUGAUGUUGAGCGCAUUUUUCAUCGUUUAGCAAGUUCACGUCUGUCAGAUAUGCUAUAUGAUGAACGGAAGAAUAUUGCUGAAGACCGUUCUUAUCGCCCUCAUUGGAUGGCCGAAGACCAUUGGCGUGCCUUGCUGUCCUAUUGGGCUACAAAUGACAUAUAUAAAAAGCGUUCCACGGCUAAUAAAAGGAAUAGAGCAAGUUCAAGACAAGCUCGCCACACACAAGGUUCUGUUACUACUGCAACCCACGCGAGACAUAUGGCAAAAGAUCUUGGAAGAGAUCCCUAA